AUGACGUCCACGUCCACAUACACCGGCGCGGUCCCCCCCGGCGUGACCCUCGACCCCCGCAUCGUGCCCUUCUUCGAGAAAUUCUACCAAGUAAGCGACACCCCCUCGGCGCAUGACGCCUACGUGGCCUCGUUCCUCCCCGACGCCGACUUUGUCAUGGGCACCAAAUCCACGCGCGGGUCCGAGGGCAUCCUCGAGCUCCGCAGGGGUCUGUGGAGCGGGCCCAUCCAGCGGCGGAAACAUACGCUGGAGAAGAUCUUUCCAUUCGGUAGCAGCCGCGAGGUCAUGCUGUACGGGAGCGUCGAGUAUGGGUUGAAGAACGGGAGGGAGGUGGUCGUGCAGUGGGCUGGGCGGGCGGUGCUGGGCGAGGAUGAGGAGGGGGGGUUGCGGUUCAGGUUUUAUCAGGUUUAUUUGGAUUCCGCUCCCGUUGCGAAUGCGCUCAAGGAUGACUAG